UGGGUGGGCGCGUGGGGGGUCGCCCCGGCCCCCGCUGACGCGGCCUCGCUUCUCUCCUCAGGGCUGCAGAUGAAGAGCCCCGAGAAGAAGCGGCGCAAAUCCAACACGCAGGGCCCUGCCUACUCGCACCUCUCGGAGUUCGCCCCGCCGCCCACCCCCAUGGUGGACCACCUGGUGGCCUCCAACCCCUUCGAGGAUGAUUUCGGGGCCCCCAAGGUGGGAGCGGCGCCCGCCCCGUUCCUGGGCAGCCCCGUGCCGUUCGGAGGUUUCCGCAUGCAGGGCGGGAUGUCGCCGCAGGUGCCCCCCGGUUACGGCGGGGGUCCGCAGCCCCUGAGGAGGCAGCCGCCCCCGUUCGCCCCCGGGCAGAUGGGCCCUGCUUUUAGCAUGCCCCCCCAGAAUCCAAACUACGUGCAGCCGGGGGGCUUGGCCUUCGCCGGGCAGCCCUUCAGCCAGCCCCUCGGACAGAACUUCAGCCCCCCCAUGGGGCAGCUCAUGCAGGGGCCCGUGGCGGGCUUCGGGCCCAUGAUGUCCCCCACCAUGGGGCAGCCCCCGCGGGGGGACAUGGCACCGGGGCCAGCCCUCAACCCCGCCGGCGGCCCGGCGGUGCCUCAGCGCUUCAACCAGCCCGGCAACCUCUUUGGACAGUCGCCCAUGCAGCGCCCCGGGCAGAGCAUGCCCCCGCUGCCCCCCACGGCCAGCCCCUUCCCCGGGGCGGACCCCGGCUUCCCGGCGGGCGGCGAGGAGGGCGGCAAGACCCCUGCGCCCAGCAGCUUCUCGCAGGAGCAGCACUCGGGCUCCCCCGCCGCCGUUAACGGGGCGCAGCCCGGCUUUGCCCCCGGCGGCGCCGGCACCCCCGAGAGCAACAGCCUGCCCCUGCCGGCCCCGGGCAAGGCCGGCGGCGCCGCGGGCCACCAGCCGCCGCCGGGGCUCGUGUACCCCUGCGGGGCCUGCCGCAACGAGGUCAACGACGACCAGGACGCCAUCCUGUGCGAGGCCUCGUGCCAGAAGUGGUUCCACCGCGAGUGCACGGGCAUGACCGAGAACGCCUACGGGCUGCUCACCACCGAGGCCUCCGCCGUCUGGGCCUGCGAUUUCUGCCUCAAGACCAAGGAGAUCCAGUCGGUCUACAUCCGGGAGGGCAUGGGACAGCUGGUGACCGCCAACGACGGCUGAGGCGCCGCCCGGCCGCCCUGUACAGCUCCUCCCCGCUGAUUUAGGACCAAACGCCCGUUUUUUGUAGCUGUCGCCCCUCCUGUGCCAGCCAGAGUGCCGCUGCCAUGGCUGUGGGUGCUCACCGGGCACUGCCUGGCACCA